AUCUAUGGAUGGCCCAGGGGCGGACUGACAACUCAUGGGGCCACCGUGCAAUAGGGGAUCAUGGGGCCCCUAUGUCAUUGCCCAAACUCAAAAAAGCCUAUGAAAAAGGUACCAGGGGCAUCUCAUGGGGCCCCCUACUGACCCCGGGCCCUCGGGCAGUGCCCGAGUUUCCAAAUGGUCAGUCCGCCCCUGGGAUGGCCAUUAAUACAAAGGAUGAAAUACAAUCAAAUUAAAAUUUUCUGCCUUUCCACCACUGGUGUCAGUAGUUUUUUAUUUUUGUUUAUUUAUGCUGUUUUACAAUUUUAUUUUAUUUUGUCAUU